AUGAAUCGUUGUUCGAAUGUUUGCUCUCUGGUGACGAUUAUUUUGUUGUUUGACCCAUCAAUAUUUCAAAAUGUUAAAAGCGACCCUGUAAAGAUGGAACCGGAUGAAAUUAAAAACAAAUGGAUUGUGGAUUUUAAAUCGAGAGUCGAAACCUUCGCUGAAAAAGUUUUGAAUAUAACUGAAAUUAAGAAGCAGUUAAACAACAAUAGAAAAAAUGAUGAGGUGAAAUUAAUAGACGAAAUGGCAGAGUUCGAUCGUAUUUAUUCCAGAGUUUUACUUCGUUUGUCCACCGUUCAUAGUGUAGUGUUAAAUCUAAAGUCUGUGAUCGAAAAAGAACUUGAUGAUCAGGAACACGGAACGCCGUCCAAAGCAUUGGUCCCUCUGCCUGUGUGCUGUGAUAUCAAUCAAGGACAGUACGAAGGCAGACUUCGACAAAAAGUGGAUAUCACUCGACCUUGCGUAGGUACAAGGACAGGGGAUCUUUUCCGUACCGAUGUCUGGGCUUCUCUGCAACGUUUACAGCACAAUUAUGUGGACACGCCUACAGUUCUUUGGCAAUAUUUCUCUACCGUGAACGGCAAUUUUAUACAGUAUCCAACAAGCAAUCGUCACUGUGACGAUCAGGGACGCCUGAUCAGUCCUCUUACACAGGAAUGGUUUGUGGAUAAACUGUUCAUGGAAAUGAAGAACCUUGUGAUUGUGUAUGAUGUUGGGGCUAGUGCUGACGUAAUCGUUGGUCCUGGGAACAUGACCUUGAAUAUGUAUAUCCAAGAAGCCGUACUGCGUAUCCUGGACACAUUGUCACCGGAUGAUCAUGUGAAUGUGGUGGCCUUCAAUAGCACAGCUUACGUACCUGCACAGUGUGACGUUAGGUUAUUCGUAGCCAAUCAGGUCAAUUGUGACAAGAUACGUCGGUUCCUCAGCACCACAAAAGUUCCCGCAGGAGGUUCCGAUUAUACCAGUGGACUUCUAAAGGCUUACGAAUUAUUGAUAACCGAGAAACAGAAUUCUCCUGAAAAAUUUGAGGAGCGAUCGAGUCAACUAAUAUUACUUACUCCAGGAAAACCGACCAACAGCGGCACUGAGAAGCUGUUCACCACCAUAUCUAAUAAACAAAAGGAACUAGACAGGAAGGUUUUUCAUUUCGUCUACACAUUUGAUGACAGUCUGGACGAUAGUGCCAAUAAAAUCCUGUCCAGUAUAGCACAUCAGGAUGUACCAGGCUGGCCAGGGAUCAAUAAUCUCACCUUUAUGCCUCCUGUUGGCCCACGUGGGGAUUACCAUAAGUAUAACGCGACCAGUUUUGUCCAAGGCGCCGCCACCUUUUAUCGACAGAUAGGGUCACGGCCCGUCACCAAACCAGUAUCCAGCGUGACCGUAUUAGGACCAAAACCCGAUCCUCAUUCUGGUCUGAUAAUGACGUCAACAAUUCCAGUCUUCCACAAUAACACAGUUUAUGGUGUGGCAGCUGUUGAUACUUCCCUAUCAACCAUUUUUGCUGAAAUUCUUAAUUUCGAUAUUGGCGUUCACAGUUAUGCAUUUCUUAUGGAAAAGCAGCAUGGUCAAGUCCUACUGCAUCCAAAACUCCGUCCUCCAGAUGAAGUACAGCAGGAAAGCCCAGUGUUUCCACACCUUUCCGUGGUGGAGCCGACAUUAAAUAAUGUUCAAAUAUUUAAUCUUACACACGCAGCCCAAGAGAAACGACAGCUUAGAGCUCAGGUGACAAUGGGAAGAAGCUCGUAUAAAUCUGGGAUAUUACAAGACAAUUCAACACCACAGAAUGUCACGCUGGUAUACUCAAAGAUACAUGGAACACGGUUCGUUCUGGUCCUUGUUAAGUUUGACUUGGACAGCGACAUCCUUGUUCCUCAACACCUAGCUCAGGAUUUAAAGCUGCACGCGCCUUACCAUCGUCUCGAUAUGAUAGCUCAAUCACCGGUUCAUAACAAGCCCCAAGACGAUUAUGUGUGUUCUUAUGAAGAUAGUUUCAUUGCCACUCAAGAAUCUGUCAUUAAGCUAUCACCAGCCGUGUUUGUGAAUCCCGAGCAAUAUAAGUACUCUAAAGAAAACGUGAUGCAGAUACUGGAAGUGAACAGUUUCUUGGAACAUUCUAAAGAUACUUCAAAGAUAAGACUCGAGAUAAAAGAAGAGAUUGAGCACAUUUUGAAAUCUACCAACGAAAUAGACAAUUUAUGGAGGCCCACGGCCAAACAAGUCUUAGAAAGAUUUUUCGGAACACCCACUGGAGUUCUGAGAAUAUUUCCAGGGAUGCCCUUUCCGAAUACAUACGACCACCUCCGGCAAUUCUGGUUCAGAAGAAGUGUUGCCCUCUCACACCAGUUUGUGUUUACAUCAGGAUUGUUCAGUCACUUCAGUAAAAACAAGAUGGUACUUAUUACUAAGGCGGUAUCUGAAAAUAUAGAAUCUGAUGGCAAGAGGUCACCGUUGGUCAAGCAGUUACAGGGCGUGGCAGGAGUGGUAAUUUCACACAGACAACUUACUGCCAUGCUAUACCAGACAUCAGGCUGUGGUGGACCUGACGUGGAAUGUCACCUGCUGGACAAUAAUGGGUUUUUGAUGACCUCUGCUGGAAGCGUCAGGACAUCUCGUCACAUAAUACAACAGUUUCCAUGGCUUGCCGAUCACCUCAUACACACAGGGAAAAUGCAGCCAUUUUGGUGUACUAGUCUGUCGGAGGGCCAGCACAGGCUCUCAUACUCGGUGACCCUGACGUUUGACCAGAGGACACAUCCGAACAAGUGCGAGAGUUAUGUUAUUGGCUCGAUCACAGGAACUAACUUAUUUUUGUUAGUCCUUUAUAACAGGACCAAGUUUGUGUGUGAGGGAAAUUUUAAUGAUACAAAUACAUGUGUUGUAAGAGGAAAUAUCCUGUGUAAUAAGUGUUUGAACAGCGACCUGGCCUGUGAGAGCCCAUGUCAGUGUUUGGCGGACUUUGACCAAUGUUCCAAUCAUUACAGCCUCCACGGUCUACAUACCACAGCCUGUUAUAAUGACCCCCUUAUAGACGAUCAUUUGCCACCAUCGUUUCUACCAACGCCACCUGGGAAUAAUGUUAAAAACUGUUCAGUGCCUUGUGUUUCUCUAGAGGAUAAAGACGAAUGCCUAAGAUUUCCACACUGUCAGUGGCAAGGAGACUAUCCAACUUGCAUCUGGAAAAACAAUUCCGACAUUGUCCUCCCCGCAUCGACUACGACAGGAGUGCCAGAACCGCCACGGAAACCCGGUACAAAGCAGACUACCGCGUCUCUUUCAGGUCCUAAUAGUCCACAAACUGUGCCUGUUAAUUCUCCUCCGCCGAAGAAAACAACAUAUAAUCCUUUAAGCAGUGGUUCAGUAACAACCAAACGCCCCGCUGUUUCUCACAGCUCCACACUCUCCGAAAUCGUCACCAGCGAACCACUUCCAGCCACAUCAACGAUUGAUCCAGCACACCAAGCCACACCGUCCAGAGGAAACAUGCCUGAAAGGAAUCGCAAGACGGAGAGCACUGAUGACAGAACUGGACUAGUUAUUGGACUUAUCAUAACCGCUAUCGUGGUGAUAUUGAUAGCUGGACUUGUCAUUUACAAAAUAAGAAAGAGAUUUAAAUAUCAAUCGGACGCCAAUAACACCAGAAAGGGAAGUAUAUUUGACGGAGUUUUUUUCAAGAGAACAUCGGAGCGAGCAGAGCUCACACAAUCGUCACGGCCCUACCAACACAUAAUGUGA